CCUUCCGUGUCUCUGAGAGACCAAGCCAAGGCGGAGUGGAAUGAGAGGGGCGUUCUAGGACGUUCCUUCAGCAGCGUGAGGUUCCUGUGAGGUUAUCUGAAAGCCAGAUCCUUGGCCGCUCUUCCAGGCGGCUCUGAAAGACGCCAUGGGAGCCCGUCGCGUCCAAAGUCUGCUGUUCCUCCUCCUCCUCGGGCCCCCCUCCUUGGCCUUGGAGCCAAGUUUGUACUGUCACAGGGGCAUAUCCACGAGUGUAGAAAAGGACCCAAAAAGGACAUUUAACUGGACCACAGAGAAAGUUGAGACUUGUGACAGUGGGUCAUUCUGCCAGGAAUCCCUUCUGAUGAUUAAAGCAGGGGCCGAGACAGCAGUUCUGGGCACUAAGGGCUGUGUCACGGAGGGGACCCUGGCGACAACGUAUGUCCAGCACUCCCCACCCCCAGGCAUAAUCACAGUGUCCUAUAGCAGCUACUGUGAAGAGUCCUUAUGCAACAGCAAGGGGAGCUUAAUGGAGCUGUGGAGGGUGGAAGAGACCCAAGGAACGCCAGGAGGUGAGACAUGGGGACUGAGAGAAACUCCCAGUGUGUCACCACGCUUCCACUGCCCAACCUGUGUGGCUCUGGGAACCUGUCUGAAUGCUCCUUCUCUUCCCUGUCCCAAUGAUACAAUUCAGUGCUAUCAAGGAAGAUUUCGGAUCACUGGAGGAGGCAUCAACUCAUUUUUGGAGGUCAAAGGCUGUACAUCCAUAAUUGGUUGCAGGCUGAUGUCUGGGAUCUUUACAGUAGGGCCCAUGUGGGUGGAGGAGAUCUGUCCAUAUCAGUCUCUCCCUCAGCCCCGAAAGACUGAAAACGGGGCCACCUGGCUUCCUGUUUUGGUUUGGAGGUUAGAGCUAGUGCUGCUGCUGUUACUGCAGGAACUUGUCCAUUGUUCCUGAGGAAACGCUUCUCAUCCUGGACUGCAGGACACCUCUUCUGACUGGAAGCCUUCUGACUGCUGGUCAGCAAGUUGAGGAGCGACUGGAGAGCUGAAGAACAGAGAGUUCCUGUGGAUGUAUUUUAUAUUUCUAAUAAAGUUUCUGCUGUGAUUGGUAUAAA